CCGCUGCAGUCGGCUAACUUCCGCUCAGCUUCGGAGUCCUGUCCGGCGAGAGGGAUGACCUAUCAGAUCUGAUCCAGGUUGAUGUCAGGACUUCUGCUCAGAUCAUGUGGACUGCAGAUGAAAUUGCCCAUCUGUGCUAUACUCACUACAGCACCAGGCUGCCCAAGCAGGGAAAGCCUGAGCUGGAUCGAGAAUGGACCUUGCUGGCAGCUGUGAUUAAGGUGAAUUCUGCAGCAGAAGGCUCUCGUGAUUCCAGUGACAAAUCCUUGCCAGUAACUAAGGAAGUUGUCUCCAUGGGAACAGGAACGAAAUGCAUUGGCCUGUCCAAAAUGAGAAAAAGUGGAGACAUCCUUAAUGACAGUCAUGCUGAGGUCAUAGCCAAGAGGAGUUUCCAGAGGUACCUGUUCCACCAGCUUAGGACUGCAGUCAGCCUGCAACAGGACAGCAUCUUUAUGCCGGGAACCAAGACAGGGAUGUGGAAGCUCAAGCCAGACUUGCAUUUUGUGUUUUUUUCUAGCCACACUCCAUGUGGGGAUGCCUCCAUCAUCCCAAUGCUUGAGCUUGAAGAUCAGCCUUGCUCUCCAGUCAGCCUCUCAGCAGAGGCCAUUAGUGACCCUGUGGUACUAGAAAAUAAAAGGAAAAGUGAAGAAAUCCCUGCCCACCUUAUGACUAAGAGGAUGAGGACAAAACCCAGGGAUCUUCCCAGGGAGAUCCCCAGUGAUACUGCCAUGCAUUACUCUACUGGGAAAGAUGGAAGCUUACAAAUAUCCCCAGAUUCCAGCAAUUCUGGCCCUCCAGCAAAUGGAUCAGCAGCAGGACCAGCAGCUGCUAAGGGGACUGUCCCAGUUGGUGCUAAAGUAGUGGAUAUUUAUAGAACUGGAGCAAAAUGUGUGCCAGGGGAAGCUGGAGAUACUCAGAAGCCUGGUGUCGAAUAUCACCAGGUGGGAUUACUCCGAGUGAAGCCAGGCCGAGGAGACCAAACCUGCUCUAUGUCCUGUAGUGAUAAGCUAGCAAGAUGGAAUGUGCUUGGGUGCCAAGGUGCCCUGCUGAUGCACUUCCUAGAGGAGCCAAUCUACCUAGCAGCUCUGGUCAUUGGGAAAUGCCCAUACAGUCCUGAGGCCAUGAAGAGAGCCAUGAUUGACAGGUGUCGGCAUGUGUCCGGUUUGCCCAGAGGCUUCCAAGUCCAAGAGCUGAAAAUGCUUCAGUCAGAUUUGCUGUUUGAACACAGCCGCUGUGCAGUUCAGGCAAAGAGAACUAACUGCCCGGGGAAAGUUGUUCCCUGUGGGGCUGCCAUAGGUUGGAGUGCAGUCCCAGAACAGCCUGUCGAUGUGAGCUGCAGUGGCUUCAGGCAAGGAACUACAAAGAAGAGUGUGGGAAGCCUUCAAGCCAGAUCCAGAGUCUGUAAGGUAGAGCUCUUCAACAUGUUCCAGAACCUAGUGAGCAGUAUUUCUGAGAAAAAGCGACCUGAAUCUCUCAGGGUCAAGAAGCUGGAAACCUACUGGGAAUACAAGGAGGCAGCAGCCAGCUACCAAGAAGCCUGGAGGAUGCUUCAGAGGCAGGCAUUUGGCUCCUGGAUCAGAAAUCCACCAGAUUACCAGCAGUUUAAAUGAGAAGACAAAAUCUGCACAGACCCAUUAGAGACAGGAUGCUUUCCAGCCUUUGUCCCACUCACAUAUCACACAGAUCUCAGCUUUUCUGUUAGCUAAGGAAAAGCAACGAUUUUGCCAAAGAAUCUUAAAAUGUUUAAGGCUAUGCAGAUGUUCAUUCUGGAACACAGAGCCAAUUAAAACUGAUUGGAAUUAAGCUUUAUAGUAAAAUGGCAUCUUGAUAAGAUGGGAUGUGUUUUCAAAUGAUUGUCUUUGGGUCUUAGACAAUAUCCCUCCCCCACCAAAAAAAAAAUUUAAAUAAAUGUGUUUGAGAGAAAUUGAUCUGUGGCUUCCAUCCGAUCCUAGUGAAGCCUGUUUUUGUGCAGAGUGAAACAGAUCUCAUCUGGGAAGUUGGAGCCCUGCCUUAGCAGGAAAUACCCCUCCCCUCAGGCAAGCAGGACACAUCAAAGUAAUUAACAUCUGUUUUAGAAAAAGAGAUCUCUGCAACCAUGAAGCAAAAAUGUCAUGCCUCACAACUGGAA